CCGAAGGCAUGUAAACAUUAGCGGGUCCCGGAGAAGAAGCAGAAAGUCGCUGGGGGAUGAUAAAGACGGCGAGUUCUGCGUCCAGCGACGUCCUGGAGCAGCCGCCACGGCCCGUAGAGGGUUGUAUAGCUGAACAGUUGGACGAGGUAGAGCUGCUGGAGGCCAUGGCCGGGAGGGCGGGAGAGUUCGAGUGGCGACAAGGACCCGACGGCAGGGUAUCCGGCCGUCUGCAGGUCUUCCUGAGUCUGGAGAACGAGCUGGAGCCCUGCGUCGCCAAGAGAGAGCGAGCUGCUGGAGGGUCUACAGAAAGCAAGGUCUCUGCUCACCCUCCCAAGAACUCUAGAGUGGCCCACCUCCCACCUGUAUCGUUGCACUUUGAACUCCCACCGGACUAUCCGGAAAGUUCCAAGCCAUUCUUCACACUCGCGUGUUCGUGGCUAAACUUCUCACAGGGCCCUGUAGAAUGCUGUCCUGUCUGGGCACUGCAACAUAUACAUACAAACACCCCCUUUCACAAAGUGGGCUCUUGAGAAUUGCAGGUGUUAAUGACUUCUGGUUAAGUAUCAACUGUGAAGUACUUUUGGAAUGUGCCUAUUUACUCUAUCCCACCACCCCUCUCUUUCCUAGCUAUCAAUCCUCUGCAAUGAGCUGGACUCCUUGUGGGACAAAGGCUGCGUGGUUCUCUUCACGUGGCAACAGUUUCUUUGCUCCGACCUUCUCACCACUCUAAACAUCUCAUCAAAACUCCUCCUGAAAUUCGAAGACCCCCUGGUUCUGGGGUCGAAACGGGACGAGCGAGCCGUCCAAGACAUGCUCCGUCCCUCUCUCCUCGUUCCGUUUCUUCUCGACUACGAUCGCACAGAGCGAGAGAGGGCGUUUGCCGAGAGCUUCUUCGACUGCGAGAUUUGUUUCACUAGUGUCCCCGGGAGCAAAUGUCGCCGCGUGGAGCCAUGCAGUCACACACACUGCCGCGAAUGUCUCUCCAUGUACGUCACGACAAAAAUCGCCGGCGGAGAAGUCAUAAAGAUCGGGUGUCCUAGUAAUUCGUGCGAAGAAUCCCUCUCACUCAGUCUCAUUCAAGACUUGGUCAGUCCCGAGGUCUUCGAGAGAUUUGAUCGAAUUCUACUACAGAAGACUAUUGAUAAAAUGUCUGAUGUUGUCUACUGUCCCCGUCCCUCAUGUCGCUGCGUCACGCUGAUAGAAGAAGACGAGGAGAACAUGGCGUUGUGCCCUCGUUGCUGCUUCUCGUUCUGCGUGCUCUGCAAACGCUCGUGGCACGGAGUUGAACCCUGCAAGUUGCUACCCACAGACCUCAGAGCCCUUCGCGAGGCCUGGGACACUCUGGGCUCCGACGCGAGAAAAGAAAUGGAACUGCAGUACGGGAAAUCGAAAUUGGCGAAAGCUUUUCAGGAGUAUGACUCCGUGCAGUGGUUGGGCUCAAACUCCAGAAAGUGCCCAAACUGCCAGGCGAAGAUUGAGAAGGCGCUGGGCUGUAACAAGAUGACCUGCACUCAUUGCAACAGUCAUUUCUGUUGGCUGUGCUGCACUCCGCUGCUGAACGUCAAUCCGUACAAACAUUUCCAGCCCGGCCAGUCUGACUGUGCUGGGAAACUGUUUCAGGGCCUCACAGACUCAGACGAAGAAGAUUUCUGGAUCUAGUUAAUGUGUGUGAAAUUUUUUGGUAUCCAUCAAUUCGUACA